AUGCCCCCAAAACAGGACAAUGUGCAAAUGCUCCUUGCUGCGGAGCAGAAACGCAAUAAAAUCAUCACCGACGCCAAAGCGCGAAAGCAGGCAAAGGUGAAGCAGGCGAAGGCCGAUGCGGAACAGGAGGUGGCCGCGUUCCGGCGGGAGAAGGAUCAGGAGUACGAGCAAUACAGGAAGGAGCAGCUCCGCAUGGCCGAUAUGGAGAACUCGGAGUUGGCACGCGGAACAGAACUGCAAUUGCAGGAACUUCGCGCACUCACCGCACAGCGCAUGGACUACGUUGAGAAAAUGAUGGCCACACUGAUUCUGCAGUGUGCGGAGCCGUAA